GGGGGAAGAAGCUAAUAGAGUUCUCUGGGAUCAACCUAUACCCCAUGAUGAUGAUGAUGACUCUAAUCAAAAUUUAAAUAUUUUGCAUAAUGCACAAAGUGUACAAGUACAGUCUAGUAUAUCCAGCCAUGAUGUGUCUACCUCUGACAAUAAUUUAUCUAAUGCAAAUGAUAUAAUUUACUCUAAAGUUUCACUAGAUAAAUCAGCAGAGAUAACACAACCAAAGACGAGUCAAAGACUCGAAGCUCAGCUUUCUCAAAAUUCUAAUUUCGCAGUAAAAAAAAGUGUUUCUUCUGAUAAGAACAAAGUCCUAUGUCUCAAAGAGACGCCCCCUACAGGCCUGCAAAGCAAUAAUAUAUCUAGAAGGAAAAACGAUCUUGAAAAAUUAAUGAAAGACACUAAAAGAUUAGCCCCUAUGCUCCCAUAUUUGUCUCAGUAA